CGCCGCGGCGGCGGCGGCGGCGGCGGCGCGGGCGCUGGGGCUGGUGUUUGGCGGCGCCAGAGCAGCGGUUCCCGGUCUCGCCGCAGCAGCAGCGCGGGUGUCGUGCACUGCCUGAAGACGCCGUACCUUUCUACCCAUCACCUUUUUUUUUUUUUUUUUUUUUUUUAAAUAACCGGAACCAAUGAACGCAGCCGGGAUCAGAGCUCCGGAGGCCGCCGGUGCCGACGGGACCAGGCUGGCGCCCGGCGGGAGCCAGCGUCUGAGGCGGCGGGGGCGGCCGGAGGAGUCGCCGGCAACGGUGGCGGCGCCUCGCGGAGCGGGCGAGCUGCAGGCGGCCGGGGCGCCGCUGAGCUUUCACCCGGCUCCUCCUCGGCGCCCUCAUCCCGCCUCGACUCCCGGCCCAGCCUGGGGCUGGCUGCGGCGGCGGCGGCGCUGGGCUGCGUUGCUGGUGCUCGGGCUGCUGGUAGCCGGAGCGGCGGACGGAUGCGAGCUUGUGCCCCGGCACCUCCGCGGGCGGCGGGCGACUGGCUCUGCCGCAACUGCCGCCUCCUCUCCCGCCGCGGCGGCCGGCGACAGCCCGGCGGUCAUGACAGAUCCCUGCAUGUCACUGAGUCCACCAUGCUUUACAGAAGAAGACAGAUUUAGUCUGGAAGCUCUUCAAACAAUACAUAAACAAAUGGAUGAUGACAAAGAUGGUGGAAUUGAAGUAGAGGAAAGUGAUGAAUUCAUCAGAGAAGAUAUGAAAUAUAAAGAUGCUACUAAUAAACACAGCCAUCUGCACAGAGAAGAUAAACAUAUAACGAUUGAGGAUUUAUGGAAACGAUGGAAAACAUCAGAAGUUCAUAAUUGGACCCUUGAAGACACUCUUCAGUGGUUGAUAGAGUUUGUUGAACUACCCCAAUAUGAGAAGAAUUUUAGAGACAACAAUGUCAAAGGAACGACGCUUCCCAGGAUAGCAGUGCACGAGCCUUCAUUUAUGAUCUCCCAGUUGAAAAUCAGUGACCGGAGUCACAGACAAAAGCUUCAGCUCAAGGCAUUGGAUGUGGUUUUGUUUGGACCUCUAACACGCCCACCUCAUAACUGGAUGAAAGAUUUUAUCCUCACAGUUUCUAUAGUAAUUGGUGUUGGAGGGUGCUGGUUUGCUUAUACGCAGAAUAAGACAUCAAAAGAACAUGUUGCAAAAAUGAUGAAAGAUUUAGAGAGCUUACAAACUGCAGAGCAAAGUCUAAUGGACUUACAAGAGAGGCUUGAAAAGGCACAGGAAGAAAACAGAAAUGUUGCUGUAGAAAAGCAAAAUUUAGAGCGCAAAAUGAUGGAUGAAAUCAAUUAUGCAAAGGAGGAGGCUUGUCGGCUGAGAGAGCUAAGGGAGGGAGCUGAAUGUGAAUUGAGUAGACGUCAGUAUGCAGAACAGGAAUUGGAACAGGUUCGCAUGGCUCUGAAAAAGGCCGAAAAAGAAUUUGAACUGAGAAGCAGUUGGUCUGUUCCAGAUGCACUUCAGAAAUGGCUUCAGUUAACACAUGAAGUAGAAGUGCAGUACUACAAUAUUAAAAGACAAAACGCUGAAAUGCAGCUAGCUAUUGCUAAAGAUGAGGUUGCUGCUUCAUAUCUGAUUCAGGCAGAAAAAAUUAAAAAGAAGAGAAGCACAGUCUUUGGGACUCUGCACGUUGCACACAGCUCCUCCCUGGAUGAGGUAGACCACAAAAUUCUGGAAGCAAAGAAAGCUCUCUCUGAGUUGACAACUUGUUUACGAGAACGACUUUUUCGCUGGCAACAAAUUGAGAAGAUCUGUGGCUUUCAGAUAGCCCAUAACUCAGGACUCCCCAGCCUGACCUCUUCCCUUUAUUCUGAUCACAGCUGGGUGGUGAUGCCCAGAGUCUCCAUUCCACCCUAUCCAAUUGCUGGAGGAGUUGAUGACUUAGAUGAAGACACACCUCCAAUAGUGUCACAAUUUCCCGGGACCAUGGCUAAACCUCCUGGAUCAUUAGCCAGAAGCAGCAGCCUGUGCCGUUCGCGCCGCAGCAUUGUGCCGUCCUCGCCUCAGCCUCAGCGAGCUCAGCUUGCUCCACACGCCCCCCACCCGUCACACCCUCGGCACCCUCACCACCCCCAGCACACACCACACUCCUUGCCUUCCCCUGAUCCAGAUAUCCUCUCAGUGUCAAGUUGCCCUGCGCUUUAUCGAAGUGAAGAGGAGGAAGAGGCCAUUUACUUCUCUGCUGAAAAGCAAUGGGAAGUGCCAGACACAGCUUCAGAAUGUGACUCCUUAAAUUCUUCCAUUGGAAGGAAACAGUCUCCUCCUUUAAGCCUCGAGAUAUACCAAACAUUAUCUCCGCGAAAGGUAUCAAGAGAUGAGGUGUCCCUAGAGGAUUCCUCCCGAGGGGAUUCGCCUGUAACUGUAGAUGUGUCUUGGGUUUCUCCCGACUGUGUAGGUCUGACAGAAACUAAGAGUAUGAUCUUCAGUCCUGCAAGCAAAGUGUACAAUGGCAUUUUGGAGAAAUCCUGUAGCAUGAACCAGCUUUCCAGUGGCAUCCCGGUGCCUAAGCCUCGCCACACAUCAUGUUCCUCAGCUGGCAAUGACAGUAAACCAGUUCAGGAAGCCCCAAGUGUUGCCAGAAUAAGCAGCAUCCCACAUGACCUUUGUCAUAAUGGAGAGAAAAGCAAAAAGCCAUCAAAAAUCAAAAGCCUUUUUAAGAAGAAAUCUAAGUGAACUGGCUGACUUGAUGGAAUCCUGUUCAAGUGGCAUCUGUAAACUAUUAUCCCCCACCCUCCACUCCCCACCUUUUUUUUUGGUUUCUUUUAAUUUUAGGAAUGUAACUCCAUUGGGGCUUUCCAGGCCGGAUGCCAUAGUGGAACGUCCAGAAGGGCAACUGUCUACUGUCUGCUUAUUUAAGUGACUAUAUAUAAUCAAUUCAUCAAGCCAGUUAUUACUGAAAAAUCAUUGAAAUGAGACAGUUUACAGUCAUUUCUGCCUAUUUAUUUCUGCUUUGUUCUUAGUGAUGUAUAUGCAACAUUUUGUUGAAAGCCACUAUGGACUUACAAGCUUUAAUGGACUCGUAAGCCAGCAUGGGCUUGCAAAAAUUUCUUGUUUACCAGAGCAUCUUCUUAUCUUUCCACAGAGCUAUUUACAUCCUGGACUAAAUAACUUAAAAGAAGUAAAACUAAUUGCACUACUGUUUUCCAGACUGGAAAAAAAAAAAAAUCUCUGCAAGUGAAACUGUAUAGAGUUUAUAAAAUGACUAUGGAUAGGGGACUGUUUUCACUUUUAGAUCAAAAUGGGUUUUUAAGUAGAACCUAGGGUUUCUAAUUGACUUGAUUUGUGGAAAUGAAAACCCACACUUUUAUCAUGGGAAGCUUCUUUAACUGCAUUUACUAUUGUGAAGUUUCAAGUCCCGCUGUAAAGAUCAUGUUGUUUUGUUUUCCCCAGGGCUUUCACUGUGAUUUACUGCAUUGCAGGCUGUAUGAUAAAAUAUACAUAAUUUAAAGAGAGAAGGCUCUUGAUUCCUUAUGCAAGUGGAAGAGUUGAAACUUGAUUGAAGGACUUAAAACAUUCACAACCUUAAGCCGAGGUGGGGGAUAUGGGGAUUCAGGCAAUUGUUUACACACUUUGAAUAACUGCAAAGGAUUUAUGGUUUGUGAAAAAUGUGUACUGUGGAAAAGAUAAUAAAUUGGAGACAUUACUGUGUGGGAUUGUGCUGAUUUUUGUUGAUAACACUCCACAAAAAACACUAUAUGUUUUCUGGAGAGCUGUGUAAGCUGUCUUGUUGCUUAGUUGCAAUAUAAGAAAUAGUGAUGUUUUGGACGUAAGUUGUCAACAAAUUUCUAUUUUAUAUUGUUUGUCAUAUUUUUAUGUAGUUUGAAAUGUAUAAAUGUUCUAAUAUCAAGAUUAACAAAUACAAAUUUAUGGUGCGUUUA